AGUGAGCACGCGCCCGUUAGCGGCGUGUGCGCGCCCGUAGCCGGAGCUGCUCCGUGGCGGCUCAGACAAUCCCAGUUCUUUUUAAAAACGGAGCCCGUUCAUUGGAUGUACCGUUUUAGUUUUAUCACCACCGCAAGGAUGUGACGCUCUAUAUGAAUGUUUUUUUUUAUUUUUUAUUUUAUUUUAUUUUAUUUUUUUUUUGCCUCUCUGAAUCGACGGUCUGGAAACAUAAAUCAUUUUCCACCUGAAGCAGCGUGGACGGGAAACAUCCUGGGGGUGUGGAAGGGGAUUCCACCUCUUUUUUUUUUUCUUCAUUCCCUGUGUGUGGACUAUAAUAUGUCCAGGCGAAAACAGACCAAUCCCUUCAAAGUUGAUUGGCCAUUCCACACUUCCGGCAUCACGGGAUUUCAGCACACGAUUAACAUGGACGGCAGGGACGAGUUCACCGAAGACAGUGAGUGCUGCAGCAACAACUCGCAGGAAGUCGUCGGACACGAGAGCGCCACAGGGCUGUGUUUGCCUCCAUAGAAGACAGCGAAAGCGACCCGGACUCCUCGUCCAACGCCUCGGCCGACGACCACAUGACUGCCAAGAGGGCGCCGUGCCGCCUGCACGGAGCAGGAGUCAAAGAGGAGCACGAAGAAGGCUCAGACCACAGCACCAACUUUGUAUGUCCACUGUGCACGCUGGACUUCAGCAGCCCAGAGAAGCUCAUCUCCCAUGUCUACCAGCACACGAGCAUGAUGAGCAGCACCAAGAGCUACGUGUGUCCCGUCUGUGGGCGAGCGCUGAGUUCACCCGGCUCGCUCGGACGCCAUCUUCUCAUCCACUCAGAGGACCGUCUCUCAAACUGUGCCGUGUGCGGCGCACACUUCACCGACACGGACAACUUCAACAGGGAGAAGCUCAAGGAUGUCCUGGACAUGACCAGGCUGGAGGUCCCCGGCGGAAGUGACACUUGUCCCCUGACCCACUCGCUUUCCAACACCCCCAUGGCCAGUCCAGGACCGGGGCCUCAUUCCUGUCAUGGGCCUGGCCCCAGUCCCAGUUCCUGCCAGGGCCCUCAGUCAUGUCAAGUCCACGACCCCAACAGCAGCCUAUGUCAAGCCAAUCAAGCAUGCCACAUGUCCGGACCAUGUCAAGGACCCGCGAGCCAAGGAGCCUCGUUUCCGUCGCUACCCGACAGUUUGCUAUCCGAAGGGCCGUCGCUGGCGUCCAUCCCUGAUGCCCUCACUUCCUCCUCCUCAGGUCUUCCUCCUAUCCCAGACAUCCUGAGUCCGAUGCCCGUGUAUCCGGCCGGGGUGCUCCUGGUGUGCAACAGUUGCGUGGCCUACCAGCAGCUGGUGGAGUCCCAGUCCCCCGUGCGCAAAUGGGCCUUGCGCCGCAAAAACGAGCCCCUGGAGUCCCGCCUGCACCGGCUGGAGCGUGAGCGCACGGCCAAGAAGAACAAGCGCGCUUGCGAAACAGAUGAGGAGCGUGAGCUGCGGCGCCUGCGAGAUCGCGAGGCCAAGCGCAUGCAGAGGAUGCAGGAGUCGGAGGAGCAGCGGGCGCGCCGCCUGCAGCGGGACCGUGACGCCAUGCGCCUCAAGAGGGCCAACGAGACGCCUGAGAAACGGCAGGCCAGGCUCGUCCGCGAGCGCGAGGCUAAGAGGAUCAAGCGCCGGCUGGAAAAGAUCGACCCCGCCCUCAGGACGCAGAUCGAGCACGAUCCGGCCGCCAUGGCCGCACUCACGGCCGACAUGAAUCUUUUUCAGUUCCCCUGCCCCGUACCCGUCCCUUCCAUGGGCAAUGGACUCUUCAUGAAGCUGCCCUAAGAGGACCGCAGAUGUGACAAACACUUUAAAUCAGGGGUGUCCAAACUUCCAAGUGCCACGUACAGAAAAAUAAAAAACUUUUAAUAUUGUCCCCCAUAAAAUCCCUUUAAAAGUGAAACUUUGAUGUCUUCUAAAGGUGACACAACAGAAGGCUGCUGUGAGCAAUCCUUUCAAAUUUGAAUGAUUCAAAAAAACUCACUAAGUCUAUCAAAUUAGUCUUCAAAAUUGUGAAAAACUAAGCGGUUGUCCACAUCUAUACAUGUUUUGCUGCAAUACCUGAAAUACAAACUAAAAUAUCCGAAAUGACCACAGUUUGGACACCUCUGCUCUAAUUUAUUCCAAGUGUUGUGAAUGUUCCAAGUAUGGACAACCACCUUCAAGCAUGUUGUAAAGAGAUUGAACCUGUUUAUUCUACUUCCUUAAGAGGAGAACGUUUUGCACACGGACCCCUCAGUGGUGGGAGUGGGAGGGGUUGGGGGACCCCUUUGCCCCGCCCUCACUGUUCAAGUUCCAGUUCGGUUCCGCUUCCUGGACACAUUCUACCUCAGCCCCCCUUUGACUGAAUGGCGCCUCUUUUUCUACUGCCUCUACUAAACGGGACCAAAACACAUUCUUGAGAAACCUUGCUUCUCUUCUUCCCACUCCACUACGGCAGCAAAGAGGUGGUAAAUUUCCAGGAAAUUUUGCUGGCAAUUUAAGGUGGGAAAUUUGGAAACUUUUCAUGGGAAUUGAGGCAAGUGUAUCAGAAAGAACUGGGAAUUACGGAAACGCAUGCAGUGGUCCUGGUGCCUUGAGAUCACAGUUGAAUUUAUUCUGUGAUCACGGUGAUGACUCACCAGAGGGCAGUAUAAUUUGUACAUCCAGACUUAAAUGAAGAAAAUUGUCACGAGUCGUUGCAAAGCAUACAGCUCUGCGAGUACGAAUGUGAGGGCAUUACCGAACAGUGAACCCACGCGUAUUCGCGGUUCAGCCUUCACACAUUAAAAAUAAAUAAAUAAAUAACCUACCGUAUUUAUUUGCUCAUAUUCAUCGUUUUUGUGCUCAGGCCAAAGCCAUGCCUCAAAAAUAUAUGUUGCUUUGGCGCCAUCUGCUGGCACCUUGGUGCCAAGCGUUUUGAACUGCAGGGAGGAGCUUCAUGCCAUUUUGUGGCAUAAAUUACUCGUUUUUUAAUUUUCGAAAGGCAUGAUGUCCAUUUUCGUUGCAGGUUCAUUCCCAUGGAAAGUUUCCAACUUUGCAAAAUUUUGCAAGCCUUCACACCACACAACCUUUCCUAUUUCCUCCUUGCGUCUCUGCUGCUGGUUCUCAGUAGAUGUGACCUCUCGUCAGGACUGACUUACAGAUGCAUCGCCAUCCAUUGGAGUAGAGCUGGAAUCUUGAUCAACUUCAGCAGUUCAGUUCAAAGUAUCGAACACAUAAACAGUAUUAUAUAAAGUAACCAGUGGAAUCGUUCAUGAUUUUACAUGUAUUAUAAUUUUGACGAUGAGAGUUUACAUACGGCAGUGUGCUAGUGGUUAGCUUGUCUGCCUUACAAGGCUGAAUUUCUUGGUUAUCCAGGACACUAAAUUGUCCAUAUGUGUGAAUGUGUUUCUUUUUGAAUUUCAGUUUUGAAUUGAUUUACUGAAAUAAAUGAACUUUUCUAUAAUCUUGGAAUUUAUUGGAGAUGCACCUGUAUGUAUUGAUUUGCUGUGGCAGCUCAAUCCAGGUUCAAGUCCUCAAAUCACAACUUUCUGGCCUCGCAUCCCUGUGGCGUGUUUCACUUUAAAAUGUGCUUCCCUACUUUUCUAUUGUGGCUGAUUUUUAUUUAUUUGUUUUUGAAGCGCUCUUCACGCAUGUUGUCAGAGUAUCCCAAAAUGUUGCCAUUGCUUUGAAAUUCCCCUGAGACGUCACAAGGACGCAAGUUCCUUGCUUUGUAGCAUAUGGAAAGCUGUUAGAGUGUUUAGUCCAUAUUCUUGAAAUCCUGCUUCAAGUCCAUGUACUAGUACCCUCACUGUCGGGCAAUUUUGGCAUACUAGUAGUGCAACCUCAUUUUACUAGUAAGGCAAAACUACUGAUGGGCAUUUUGGUGCUACUAGUGGGAUCCAGGAGGCUACUAGUUGGACCUAGUGCGACACAGUAGUUCGCUGUUAAGGUUUACUUGCAUGCUAGCAGACCUAAAAUGGCACUAGUAGUGGGAAAACCAUGACCAGUGAAGGCAACACUAUGCAUCAGUUGAUGACUGUGCACAACGAAUACAAUGUUAGAUCUAAACAAGUAGGAUUUCAGAAUGUCACCAAUAAUUAUCCAGCUUGAGCUAAAGUCAAGAACAAAUAGGGCACACUAGUAGAAUGACGGUAUUACUAGUAACGUUUUCUUCCCACUACUGUAUGACAUUACUGUAGAAUACUUGGGCGACUUUGGCAUACUAGGACAACAACUACAUGUUGUUUGUUAGGCAAAACAGUACACUAGUGGACAACUGUGUGUCACUAGUACUAUUAGUGAAAAUUCUACUAGUUAACAUUUUGUACUGUAGUAGUAGUAGUCGUAAUGAGGUUAGUAGGUUGUACCUUUGGCUGUCCACAAUGUUAGGCUACUUGACAAUGAGCAGUUUUAGCGUAUUAAGCAUACUAGUAGGAUACCUUCAUGUUACGACUAGCUGUCAUUUUGGUGUCGCUAGUACAGUCCAGGAGGUUACUUACUACUUUGUGACACAUGCCUACUAGUUGAGCCGUGAAGCAUUACUAGUAUAAUUACUCGUUACUGCUAAGGCGAGUUAGCCAAAGUGCCACUGGUAGUGGAAAAAAAAAACAUUACUAGUACUACUACAAUCUUUUUUUCAACUAUUGAAUUGUAGUGUACUAGUAUGUGGCAUUACUAGUGGAUACUAAUGAGACUCAAAAGGGUCUCUGAACUCUCUUACAAGUGAGGUCGACUGUGCCGUAGUAGUUGGACAACGAUGUGAGACAAAACUUCUCAUGAGCAUUUUGUUACCAGCUGUUGGGUCGAGGAGGCUACUAGUGCAAGACACAUGCCCUUGUAGUGUUACUCGUAAAGCACAAUAGUUUACCUGAAAGGUUUAGUUGUGUACUAGCAGGUCAAAAGUGGUACUAGCAGUGGAAAAAAAUUUACAGCUAAGGCAGUCUUUCUACUCAUGCCUUAACUGCGUUACUAGUGAUGAAAAAGAGCAUACUAGUACCGUACUUGCAAAUAGUAUGUUCUUUGUCUUGACUUGUAAGACAACUUUUGUAUACUAGUAGGACAACGUCAUACCAACGGUAAGAGGGAUAUUAACCCUUUCAUGCACCAAUAGUGAUAACCUGAUAAGCUGUCCACUGUAGUAACCUCUGUCCCUGAAAGGGUUAAAGAUACGGACUAAACGUUGAAACGGCUUUCCAUACGUUUCACAUCUUUGAAGCUCAUCCUGGAAUAUAUUGUGAAUCAUUAUGUUCUUGUUUGUUUGAUUUUUGUAUUGUCUGGUAUUGUUUACAUUUUCAUUUGAUAUAUAUAUAUAUUUUUUUUUUUUUUUUUGGGGGGGGGGCUCUUUUUGUUGCUCACCUCCAGUUUCCACAUUCACACAUGAUGUGAUGACCAAUGAGCAGAGAUGACAAGUGGUUGUGUUUAAGUCACUCCUAGGAGGGGAAAAAAAACCUGAAAAAUAGACCAUGGGAUGAGAAUAAAGUCAGAUAACACUGCAAGAAAAACAAAACGAAAUAAAACACUUGUCAUGUUGUGAAAAUGUUUUGUUGGUAAAAUGUCGAGGGGGAUCCAGCUGAAUGUUACGACUGACAACAGAAUUCCAAGUACAAAUCGUGUCGUUUGGAGCAGUGCUUCUCAAACUUUCUUCAGCCUGUUUUACCCUUUAAAUGCAUAUUUCAUAUGAUUAUUAUGAUUAUAUUAACGACAUUAUGCACAGUUGAAACAUGAAGACUGCAAUUAAUUACAAUUAUAGGGGGAAAAAAAAUCAAAUAAAAACAACUUGAAAAGCAAUCCAACUGCACAUACCGCAAUGCAGGGGUGUCCAAACUCGGUCCUCAAGGGCCGCUGUCCUGCCUGUUCUCCCCCAGCGGCAACACACCUGAUUAGAAUACUAGAAAAGUAUUUCUGGUACAUUUCCAAAUUUUUCACGUGGCAGCGGUUCCAUCCUUCAGGAGUGCAUCAAACAUCUUAUGCAACUUUUAUGUUCUGAUGAAUUUUAUAUCAGUUCACCUCUCACUCAAACUAUGCAGAGUGCACUUUUUUGUUCAUUUGUUUGAAGCAGCAGACUUUAGCGGAAACUUCUCAGGAGAUUUCACUCAGCGAGUGGACAUCAUUCAGAUUUUUUUUUUUGGUCUCUUUUGGCCAGCACAGGAAAUCAACAGGGUGUUUUUGUCACAGUUGUGACCCUGCACUGGGCAGGUUGACUUCAGCUCAUUCUUUGACCCCCCUGAAUUUUACCCCCUAAUCAGUGGAAUGUGAUUGCAAAGGAUGAAAAGCCGUUUGGAGCGUUUAUCCGCCCCCAUGUUCCGAACUCUAAGAAUAUGUCUUUGUACACAAACGGCCUAUUUCUCUCAGAAAUCCAAAUCUGUUAGUGAGCACCUUUCGUGUCAAAACUGCAAUCUCUUUAUUUAUACCUGCUUGAUCCCCCCCCCAAUACAUUCUCAUAAUUUUUAUCACAUGAAAAAAAAAAUACAAUGAAUAUGGCCUUUGCGUUGAUUUAUCUAUCAGGAUUUUCUGUCUCCAGCAUCUGUGUUUACAGGUUAUUGGGCAAACCGGUUUCAGCGGCUUGGCAGCAUGUACAGUACAGAUGGAACCUGGUCGCCAAUGUGCAAAUAAACUGGUUUUACGAU